ACACACACACCUCUCCAUAAGGGACAGACGUACGUGGCGUCUCGAUAUUAAAGCAGAGGGCUGGAGGAAAGGAAGUGAGCGAGUCUCUGUGUUUCAGAAGCUUCUCCAUUCACAAGCAGGUGCCAUUACUUUCUGUUAGAAUGGAGAAUAAUCAGUAGCAGAGGAGAAGUUGUAGGAGAACCUUCGACUUUUACCACCAAGUGACUCUGGAGACCCGAGAGCAACUGAAAUGCCUGGAUAUGUUCUUGAUGUUGUUAAUUCUCCAUGAUGAUCUCCACAGAGUUAGAGUUCUUCAGUGUUCACCUCUUCAUCCUAUUUCCUGAAUUAGGCAGACGAUGGAACUCUUUUCUAACAAUCUCCUGCUGUUCUUUACCUGGAUGGAAGUUUUUGUAUCACAUUAAAAAAGAAAGCAGAAGCGCAUGACUCAGCAGCAGUUAUCAUCAUCCUGGGAGAGUCAUAGAUUUCCUGAAGUUCUGUCAGAUCGCGUCUCCAUCUCUGGUUCCUCGGCAUGUUGUAGAUUUCCUGAAGUUCUGUCAGAUCCCGUCUCUGUCUCCGGUUCCUCGGCGUGUUCUCGUGUGGUGAUGACGUGGCCGUGAUGGUGGUGACGCAGUUAGAACUCGAGCUCUGUUACCAGGGCAGGAAGCUGCGAGGUUUCACCUGUAAACUGACGCGAUCUGCACACGGCUUCCUGCCUGAGAGCUCGUACCUGAUCGCCGCUCAGGUGGCGCUGCCGUACCUGGUGUCCGGACUCGGAAUGGUGGCAGCCGGAAUGCUCAUGGACGUUGUUCAACACUGGGACGUGUUUAAAGUGAUCACUGAGGUGUUCAUCCUGGUUCCUGCUCUCGUCGGUCUGAAGGGGAAUCUGGAGAUGACGCUGGCGUCUCGUCUCUCCACUGCUGCCAACACGGGGCAGAUGGAUGAUCCUAAGCAGCAGUGGCUAAUGGUGUGCAGUAAUCUGGCACUGAUACAGGUCCAGGCCACGGUGGUGGGCUUCUUGGCAGCGCUGGCGGCGGUGGCUCUGGGUGCCAUGUCGAGAGGAGGAGUGGAGCUGCAGCAGGCGGCUGUGCUGUGUGCGAGCAGUGUGACCACCGCCUUCAUCGCCGCACUGUCCUUAGGUCUGGUGAUGAUCGGAGUGAUUAUCGGCUCCCGGAAGGUCGGCAUUAACCCUGAUAACGUGGCCACGCCCAUCGCCGCCAGUCUGGGGGAUUUAAUCACGCUGUCCCUGCUGGCAGGAAUCAGCAGCACGCUGUAUCACUACAGAGAUGUGUGGUACGUGUCUCCGUUGGUGUGUGUGUUCUUUCUCUCUCUGAUUCCUGUGUGGGUUCUCGUGGCUCGUCGCAGUGUUCAGAUCAGAGAGGUUCUGCGGUCGGGGUGGCAACCUGUUAUAGUGGCCAUGUCCAUCAGCAGCUUCGGAGGUCUGAUUCUGGACAGAACCGUCAGUGAUCCGAACUUUGAGGGCAUGGCUGUGUUCACUCCCGUCAUUAACGGUGUGGGUGGGAACCUGGUGGCCAUCCAGGCGAGCAGAAUCUCCACCUUCCUGCACUUCUGGAGCGUUCCUGGAGUUCUGCCCUAUAAGAUGAGGCAGCACUGGCCGAACCCCUGCGACUCCUUCUUCUCUACAGGAGUGAACUCUAAAUCUGCCCGUGUGCUGUUCCUCCUCGUCGUCCCGGGACACCUCGUCUUCCUCUUCACCAUCAAAACGUUACAGGGAGGCCACGCCCCCAUCACCCCGCCCUUCAUCUGCUGCUAUCUGUGUGCUGCACUGAUACAGGUGGCGCUGUUGCUCUACACGGCGGAUGUGAUGGUGAGGUUCGUGUGGAGGAGAGGUCUGGACCCGGAUAACUUCUCCAUCCCGUACCUCACUGCUCUGGGGGAUCUGCUGGGAACCGGCCUGCUCGCUCUCUGCUUCCACCUCGUGUUCCUCCUGCAGAGACUCGGACUGUGAUUAGACCGUCAGCUCCUCCUCCUCCUCCUCCUCCUCCUCCUCCUCCUCGCACCACUCCACAGCACCUCCUGCUGGACCCUCGUUCACUGGAACAUGACUUACCUGCAGGUCUAAUAAAGGGGUCCAGGUGAGGAAGAACCCAGAUCUCGGCUCAGGUGGAGUACAGAACUGUUCUCACUGUGAGGUUAAAGGUCCAGAAGAGUCUAUUAUCAACAUCGACUGAGUUUAUUUUUAUUUUUAAUUCACCAUUUUUGAAGUAAAACACAAAGAUUCUCCUUAUUGACUGAAAAUAAUAACAAUAAAAAUAAAAAAAUAAUAAUAAUAACAACACCGUGUGUUAGAGUUUAAAUGAACCACAAGGUGUCACUGUAGUUUAAAGAUUUUUGGUUUAAAAUCUUUAAAGUUGAAAAAAAUUUAAAUAUUUUUGUCUUAUUUGUUUGUUCCUGCAAAAUUGAUCAUUUUUCUACACUUCUAAUAAUCACAUAAUUGCCAUGUCAUUGAUCUGGAUCUUUCUGCAUUUUUAUUUUAUUUUAUUUUAUUUUAUUUAUUUAUUUAUUUUUUUGGAAGUUAUUGUUUUCUGACCCAGAAAUUAGCCCCACCCAAAGCCAGUGAGCAUAACUCCGCCCCUGAAAGCUGCAGAUUCCACACUGCUCCUUUAAUUCGUUUAUUAUUGAGUAAUUAAUAUUUGAUUAAAUAAAAACAGUUGUUGGUGGAUUCAGACUUUUUACGAUUACCAGUUCUAUGGCCUUGUGGUCGAUUACACACACGCACACACACACACGCACACACACACACACACACAGUCAUGGUGUUGAAUAUAAUGUUAAACUGGACGUGAUUAAAGUUUCUGUGAUCAAGGAUUUUAAUAUUCAUUUAAUAAUAAAUGUGCUGAAGAUUCUAG